AUGAAAACAAAUGACGCCUAUGGCAGAAUAAUGGUUAAAAAUGUACAUUCCCCCGUAAACAUGCCGUCUUACAAGACUUCCACUAAACAUGGAUACGUGGUGUUGGCCAACGAUGGGAAAGAUGUAAGGAAAGUGUUGAAAGCACAAGUCACGGAAAGGGCAGCCAAAAUCUGUUUAAUUUGUCAUACCUGCGUACGUGUAAGAAGUGGAGAUCCCAAUGAUACAGGAGCAAAUACGAUUAUAACGCCAGAGAAUAUAAAGGUAUUGGACGAUAAUGAGGACGAUUAUUUUAAUAUCGACAAGGAAUACGAAAUUGAGUGCCCCAGAAUCUUGGUUGCCCCAGAAAUAAAUAAGAACAUCAGAAACGCUAGAAACGAAAUAAAGUGUUCUCAACUCAUUGUACCAAAGUUCACUUGUCUCGGACAAGCGGAAUUGGGUAUUUUGACAUUAUGUAGCCUCGAUAUAAUUCCAGUCACUGAACUUCCAUCUAUAGGUCUGCUACCUAUCAGUAGCGAAUUGGAAGAACCUGAAAAUUUAACUUUAGGACGAAUCUAUGAAAGCAAUAGAGUAACUCUGACCUCAUUAUUAAAAAAGAAUGGAUACAAUCCCAUCGACUUCGGAAUUUCUGCUUACAAAUUGAACGCAAUAAGAAAAAGAAUCGAAGACGCUUUGGACAAAGUAGAUGUACUUGUAAUAAUGGGCCAUUCAAACAACAAAGAUAUAUUAAAAUCAAUUUUAAGGGAAUAUUUUAACGCUAUGAUACAUUUCAGUCUCUUGAACAUGAAACCAGGAAAAUCGACAACGUUUGCUUCGUGCAUAUACAAUUAUAAGAAAAAGUUUUUCCUGCGCAUGUCGGCAAAUCCGACAACAGUUCCCAUUGUCGCGCACAUAGUGCUUCUACCACUUCUAAACACGAUGCAUGGCAAUUUCUUCAAAGAGCCUAUCAUUCUGCAGACUUGCAUGAAUAAUUACGAGUUGCAUUUGCGUCCGAAAUUUUCAUGGACGAUUGUACAAUGAACAGAGGAAGAGAUGUUUCCAAGGGCUUAUUGCUCAAAAAAUCGACAUUAAGAUAUAAUGAAAUAUCAAAAAGCUAAUGCAUUUUUAAUGUUGCCGCGCACAUGAUCGAAAUUAAACACAGCAUUUGUAUCAGAAAUGUUCUCGGCUGAAAAUAAUUUUCUACGGGACUCUAAUGAUGAUCAACCAUCAAAUGAACAAAUUACAGAAGGAGUAUAUCAAACCUCUAUAAUAUUAAAUUGUAUUACAAAGAAUUUUGCAGGAAACGUGAAUGUCAUACAACUUGUGAAACGUGAUAAAAAAAAAAUAAAGACAGAUUUAACUUUUCUGAGCACUCAGUACAGUGGCAGUACCAUCUUAUUAGUUGGCAAUACCUUGAAUGAUGUUGUACAUGACGCAAUUAAAGAAGUUAUCAGUAACAAUGUUCGUAUUGACAUAAACAUGUUGAUAUCAAGCUUAACAGAGGGACUAGAAUGUUUCAUUAAGCGGCCGAUAUGUGGAAUACUAAAUAAGAGUCUUAUUAUUAAUAUGUGUGGUCCUUAUAUAAAUGCGCAGGAAAGUUUGGAAGCAUUUGGAAACACGAUACUGGAUAUAUUAUGCUUAAUUAGCAAGUCAGAUGAACAGAUUUUUGAUAUAAAAAAGGAAGAUAGUUGUAUUGAACCAUUUAAUAAUAACAAUGAUGAUGAUGAUAAUUCUGCUGAGGAAUUUGAGAAUAAUAAUGAUUUUGAUGAUUCAUUUUAUUCUGCUGGACCAUCUAAGACUAAUGAUAACAUACAUAAUUUUAAUAAGAUGCCUUUGGAGCUUUCCUUCGAAGAACAAUCGAAAACCUUAUUGACAAUGGAUGACUUUUAUAAGAAACAAAAGGAAAGCAAAAUGGUAUCACUGGAAGAGGCAACAAAUAUAAUGGAAGAAAUAGCAGACAAAUAUUAUAAAAGAUGUGUAGAAACCGUACAGACGAAUGAUGCCUAUGGUAGAAUACUAGCCGACGACAUAUACUCUUCUGUAAAUAUACCGUCUUGUUCUAUUUCCACUAAACAUGGAUACGCAGUGUUGGCCAGUGAUGGGCAAGGUGUCAGAAAAGUAUUGAAAGCAAAUCUCACGUUAAUUAAACAGAUUUUUAUCUUACCUGGCACUUGCAUGCGAAUAAGAAGUGGAGAUCCUAUACCCGAUGGAGCAACGGCGGUUGUAAAGUCUGUGAAUACAAAGGUAUUAGAUGAACACGAUAAUGAUGAUUAUUUUAAUAUCGACAACUUGGAAUAUGAAAUUGAGGUUUUAGUAGUUCCAAAAGAGGGUGAAAAUAUUAGAAAUGCUGGCUGCGAAAUACAGUCCAAUGAGAUUGUUAAAUACUCACACACUCGUGUCAAAACAGCGGAUCUGGGCAUUUUGACAUUAUGUGGCAUCGAUUCAAUUACAGUCUUUAAACUUCCAUCUGUAGGUCUGUUAUUUCUCGGUUAUGAUAUAUUAAACCCUGGAAACCCUUCAAUAGAACGCAUCUACGACUGCAACAAGAUAAUUCUGUCCUCGUUAUUGAAGAAGAACGGUUAUAAUUUUGUGGACUUUGGAAUUUCGGCUUAUGAGCCGAAUGUUAUGCAAUAUAGAAUCAAGGACGCUUUAGACAAAGUUGAUUUACUUGUGAUAAUAGGCUAUGCGAACGACAAAGAUAUAUUGAAGCGCACCUUAAACAUAUUUUUCAACGCUGAUAUACAUUUCGGUGGCGUGAACAUAAAACCGGGGAAAUCGACAACGUUUGCAACGUGUACGUUCAACGAGAAGAGGAAGUUCUUCCUGUGUAUGUCGGCAAACCCAGCGACCGUACCCAUUGUCACGCAUGUAUUGCUUCUGCCAUUAUUAAACAUACUACGCUGCAAUUCAAACGAUAAUCUCUUGAAGAUACAGACUCGCAUAAAAACAUCUCACGAUCUGCACCUACGUCCAAAACUUUCGUGGACAUCCUUACAGUGGUCGGAGAAGGAAGUGGAUAUGCAUCCAAGUGCUCACUGCAUAAAUACUGAACAUCAGCACAUGAUGAAAUAUCAAUUCAGUAACGCGCUUCUAAUGCUACCGAAACACACGCCAGAGGUGCCAAAGUUAAACGCGAACUCAGCAUUUUUAACGGCGAUGUUUACGGGCAAUUGA